UACUCACUUUUUAAAAUAGGGAUCUUCUGAUCUUGAGGAUUACUUACUUUAAUUUUUUUUUACAAAACUCAAUACAUAAAUAUAUUAGCAAUUAAACAGGUUUUUUGUUGGAAGGAUUUCAAGGAAAAAUAUUGAAUGAUGGUAGAGGCAGCUAUUUCAUCUCCUUUUCAGAGUGAAUGAGUGAUACACAGAAACAGCGAGAGAGACUGUGCAUGUGUGUCAGUGACAAUGAAAUGUUUCCUUUCCUUUCUUUUCUGCUGUAUUGUUGAAAGGACGUCCUGAGCUUUUCAGUCUUCAUUUAUGAAUGCUCUUUGCGUGACUGAAAGCAGUAGGUGACAGUUUUCUUAAAAGACUUUCUGAAAGAUUUGGUUUCUUGCCCAAAGUAUUAUUGUCUAAAGGUUACAGAAUAUUAUUUACAGUAACCACAAACAUACUAUUGUUAUUUUAAGUAAUAUUCUAGAUUUACUCUUUUUUUAAGUCGGAGAAAUGCUGAAACUGCAUUUCCCAGAGUGCAUGAGGGUGUUCUAGCCUGAUUAGUCAGCUGACCUGGAUUGUGAAAUAUUCCUUAUUUCCUGUUCAGCAUUAAUGGACAUGGCUUGUGUGUAUGAGUGUCCUUUCUUUCCUUUGUCAGAACUUAAAAGGGAGCUUUAAAAGGAAAAUAGAACUUCUUCAGACUGAAGAGGACAACUUCCUAAGAAAAAACAAAAUGUCUCCUAAAUUGAAAAAGCUUUUUAACAUAAUUAUUUUAGGAAUUGCUUUUAUGUUUAUCUUUACUGCCUUUCAAACGUGUGGAAAUGUUGCGCAAACCGUUAUCACGAAUUUAAACAACACAAAUUUUCAUGGCAGUGGCUAUACCAGCAUGGCCAUUAUUUAUGGGGUGUUCUCUGCAUCAAAUCUUAUUUCACCUUCAGUGGUUGCUGUAGUGGGACCUCAGUUAUCCAUGUUUGUUAGCGGUCUAUUUUACAGCAUAUACAUUGCGGUUUUUAUCCAGCCUUUCACAUGGUCCUUCUACACUGCUUCUGUUUUCAUUGGGAUAGCAGCUGCUGUACUUUGGACUGCACAGGGAAAUUGCCUGACAAUAAAUUCAGAUGAAAACACUAUUGGGAGAAACAGUGGAAUUUUCUGGGCACUUUUACAGUCCAGCUUGUUUUUUGGAAAUCUUUAUAUAUACUUUGCUUGGCGUGGGAAAAUUCAUAUAUCAGAGAGUGAUCGCAGGACUGUCUUCAUUGCUCUAACUGUCUUCAGUCUCGUGGGCACAUUUCUGUUCUUUCUGAUUAGGAAAUCAGAGGAGUCAAACACACUGGAGGAGGAAGUCUCCUCCACUGAUGAAAGCACUGUAGACAACUCGUCUAUCCAAAGCAAAGCGACGAGGGCAGUGGAUGCAUUUAAGAGAUCUAUUAAACUGUACUUCACCAAAGAGAUUUUGCUCCUUAGUGUUACAACAGCUUAUACAGGUCUGGAAUUAACAUUCUUUUCUGGAGUAUAUGGAACCUGUAUUGGUGCUGUGAAUAGAUUUGGCACUGAAGAGAAAAGUCUUAUUGGACUCUCUGGUAUUUUUAUUGGCGUUGGAGAAAUUUUAGGUGGAGGAUUCUUUGGCUUAGUGAACAAAGAUAAUCGCUUUGGCAGGAACCCAGUUGUGAUGCUUGGCAUUGUGGUCCAUUUUUUAGCCUUUUAUUUAAUUUUUUACAACAUACCAAAUGAUGCCCCCAUUGCUUCCUUCAAAGGAACAGAUAAUAGUGCUUAUAUGAAUCCAAGCAAAGAGUUGGCAAUUUUAUGCAGCUUUCUGUUGGGACUAGGAGACAGCUGCUUUAACACCCAACUCCUCAGUAUUUUGGGGUUCCUUUAUUCAGAAGACAGUGCACCUGCCUUCGCUGUCUUCAAGUUUGUCCAGUCCAUCUGUGCUGCAAUCGCAUUUUUCUACAGCAACUACCUUCUUCUUCAGUGGCAGCUCCUGAUCAUGGCAGUGGUUGGGUUCUUUGGAACAAUCUCCUUCUUUACUGUGGAGUGGGAAGCAGCAGCAUUUGUCGCCCGUGGCUCUGACUACAGGAGCAUUUGAUUCAGGUGUUCCAUCAGCCUGAUGUGAGGAGAUGCACAGAAACAUAUUUAUUGAAAUGACUUGAGAAGGUGAAAAGAUCA